AUGAAGAUCAAAACUAUUAGUAGGAGUUCCGACGACUAUGUGCCCGUAAAAAGUACUCAAGAGUCUCAGCUUCCUCGCAAUCUGGAUCCUGCGUUGCAUCCAUUUGAGAGAGCUCGUGAAUAUACUAAGGCUCUUAACGCCACAAAGAUGGAGCGUAUGUUCGCAAAGCCGUUUGUUGGCCAACUAGGCUAUGGCCAUAGAGAUGGUGUUUACACAAUUGCCAAAAAUUACAACGUCCUGAACAAGCUGGCAACAGCGUCUGCAGACGGUGUGGUGAAAUACUGGAACAUGUCCACGAGAGAAGAGGUGUGCUCCUUCAAAGCGCACUAUGGACUGGUACAUGGCUUGUGUGUCACUCCCGAGCAGUUUUCGCCUAACAAAAAUGAGAACUACAUGUUGUCUUGUGGUGAUGAUAGGACAGUUAAGUUGUGGUCGGUCAAUACAGACGAUUUUUCAUCAGUAAAGAAUGAAGAUGAGCUAGUUAGCUCUGGAAGCGGAAUUAAAAAGACGUUUCAUGGUGAUCAUGCAUUUUUGGGUAUAGAUCACCACAGAUCGAAGCCCCAUUUUGUCACGGGUGGCGCUCAAAUCAAUCUGUGGGACGUCAACAGAUCGAGACCGUCUUCGAACUUAUCUUGGGGUGCCGACAACGUUUCAACUGUUAAAUUUAACCAGAAUGAAACUGACAUACUUGCAAGCGCAGGCAGUGAUAAUUCGGUGGUCCUUUACGAUCUAAGGACCAAUUCCCCUACUCAAAAGUUUGUCCAGAAAAUGAGAACAAACGCAAUUUGUUGGAAUCCUAUGGAAGCAUACAAUUUUGUUGUAGCAAAUGAAGACCACAAUGCCUACUACUACGAUAUGCGGAACCUGUCUCGCGCACUACACGUCUUCAAGGAUCAUGUUAGUGCUGUCAUGGAUGUUGACUUUUCUCCCACGGGAGAUGAAGUAGUAACUGGCUCUUACGAUAAGACGAUAAGAAUAUACCAAGUCAAGCAUGGGCAUUCCAGAGAGAUCUAUCAUACAAAAAGAAUGCAGCAUGUGUUCCAAGUCAAAUAUACAAUGGACAGCAACUACAUCGUUAGCGGUUCUGACGAUGGUAACGUAAGGUUAUGGAGAGCUAAGGCAUGGGAUAGAUCAUCAGUCAAGUCAACUCGUGAGAAGAACAAAUUAGAAUACGAUGAAAAGCUGAAGGAAAGAUACAAGAAUUUGCCUGAAAUUAAGCGCAUCAGCAGACACAGACAUGUCCCUAAGGUAAUAAAAAAAGCAGGGGAAAUCAAGCAGACCGAAAUUGAUAGUCUCAAGAGAAGAGAGAAGAAUGAACGUAGAACUAACAAGGCUAUGGAAUUUGUUCCAGAGAGAGAAAAGCAGAUAGUCGGCUUUGUGCACAAAUAUAAAAACGAGAAAGAUUCGAGGGAUGGGUCAAGGCAUGAUAAGUAG